CCAAAAUCUCGUGUGCGAUUUAACACAAAUAUCGUGAGCAAUUGUAAAUUUGCAUUGGAGGGGGAAAUACAACUCGAGGAGCAAUUCGCACCUUUCGGCAGGUGAAAUUUAACUUAUUUUGUUAACUUAUUUGCACACGCAGAUAUUGAAAUUCCCAAAAUCGUAACAACAUCAUGCUUAAAAGCCGAAAGCAUCAGCUCAGAUUUGUCAGUUUGUUUAGAAACCUUGCCAGAGACAUGAAAGCUGUGAUCGCUCUUAUCGGACUUGUAUUUUGCAUUGCUGGAGCAAUGGGAACACCUGUUUUAGUGGGAUUGCCUCUUCCGCUGCCAAUUGGAGUCGGAUUCGGAGUACUUGCUCCUCCACCACCACCGUCCUACGAUUACUAUCCGUACCCACAUCACCACCAUCAUCAUCAUCAUCAACCUGGAUAUGGCUACGAUUACGGAUAUGGAAACUAUGGAUAUUGAGAAACCAAAGGGUGGAAGUGGAAAAUAAUUUUAAAAUUUUUAAUCAGGCGCAAGCCUGAAAAUAAAACAAUAUUUAUUUCAUUAUUUAUAAAACAAA